CUUGUAUCACUGCUUGAUAGACCAAACCAAAGUCAAGCCAAUGGAAGCAAAAUGAUCAAUGUGAACCUCGUGGAUAUUGCAGUGGGAAAAGGGCAGGAGUGGAAUUCUGCUGUGACAUCUGCAAAUCUCCGUCUAUCACGAACCCCAGUCAUCGUGGCAACAGACUGAGACGGUCGGGUUAUACAGCAUCACCACGCUGGAAACGUGACCCAGAGAGAGGAAAAAUGCUGAUGCUGUGUAACGCGUGUGGGUUGGCGUUAGGCAGAUCCCGAGGUCCUCACUCAUCCUGCGCAGGUGCAGACGCUGAUGAACGCAGGAAACAUCAGGAAGCCCUUGUAGCCUUUGCUGUAUCUAUGACAGAGUUGCUGGGAGACCAAGAUGCCAAGAUGCUGUGCUGUCCUCUGUUUGUGAAAAAACCUUGUCAGUGUCUGCAGAACUACAUCAAAAAGACAGGGGUUGAACUGAGUGAAAGUCGGCAUCGAGCUGUGAAUCUCCUCCAGCUGCUGAAGGAAGCCAGGCGGCUCAGUUUGCUGAAGUGCUACAAUGAAAACCAAGUAGAGCAGCUCGAAAAACCACAAAAAAGGUGCAUAGGAUUGGGUAAUGGUCAGCGGAAGUCAAAAGCGUAUGAAGAGUUUGUGCUGAAGCAUCGCUUGGUGUUGAAAAAUGAGUUGAAGUUAUGCGAACGUGCUACUCAACGUAUCCUGGGCUACUCCAAUAACUUUCUACACAAAAGAUUGAAAACUGAUCCUGAGAAAAGAAAACGAGUUAAAAGGACUAAAGGGAAGGGAGCCCUGGGACUGUUGAAACCUAUUGCCGAACUUGUGAAGGAGAGAUGUUGCAUGGACAACUGUGUCUUGAUGGCACACACUCAUGGGCAUUUGCUUCACGUUUGGAGGGAACGUGCCUCAAAAGGACAGGCUGAUGCACGUAGAGUCCUAGCAGAGAUGUUGACACCUUCAGGUGGCUCACAUUCGAAUUGCUACAGGUUCAUCAGCUGGGUGACAGGCUGCAGUCACAGCACCAUUAGCCGAGUCAACGAGCAGAUGAGGAGGACAGGAGGUGAGCGGGAGCCCCCUCCCCACGGGCUGAAAAAGUGUUGGAAGGGAAAAUCAAAGGCACAGGGGAUGACCAGCACAGAGCAAAUGAACGCAAGUGCAAACACAGCAGACUUCCUAAACUUUGCUUCAUCUGUUGUCAGUUCAGGACCUUCCUUCCUAGAAACCAGCCAGGUCUCCAUGGGCAAUAGGUCACUGCCAGUGGAGCUCUCCUCUCUCCCAAACAGUCAGGUUCUGUUACAAGUCCAGCAACAACAAAUUGAAGCUCUGAAGAAACAGGUUCAGCUCCUUCAGCAGCAACAACAACUGCAGCUGCAGUGGGAAGUCACAAGGGCCCAACCCCAACCUCAGCACGGGCAGAUCUUUGGAACACCGCAUACCCUCAUCCCUCAGACGCGCUCUGCACAGCAGCCAAGCAGUGUGAUUACUCAAUGGCAACCAGUAGGAUUGCAAGCCAAAGCAAUGUCACAGCAGUGCCAUGUAUCGAAGGAAGGACUGACAGUUGCACAGAUACUACAGAAUCCUGGCCACCACCAGAUGGUGAACCCCAUGCAAUGCAUAGGACUUCAAAAGAAUGAUCUUCAGGCUGUUCAGUGCCAAAUUCAGCAAGACCAGCAGAGAAACCAACAAUUCAGUACUGUACAGCUGUUAGAUUGUGGGACAGUUGAUGGCUUGGUCUGUAACCAGUCGGAUGCACAGCAAGAAGUACUCCAACAUUCUCCUAUUCAGAAGAACUCUCUGACUCGGUGCUACAGCACAGAAGAGCAAUCCCGGAAACAGCUGGGUCCUUCAAACCUUCAGCAAGCAGUUCAGCUGAUCACAGUAACUGAGGAUUGUUAGACACCAACAGUACGAGUGCACAUAUAGAUUGUGACUUCACAGCAGAAAGUGUCUUCUCCUGGCCCACGCCCAGCGAUGAGGUGGCUUCCCACGGCUCACAAUGGCAGUAUUGGCCUGGUGCCCGGAGGG